AUGGGCCGAUUAGAUAAGUGGGUGCUGGUGGUGACCUGGGUGGACACCCACAUGCUGGCUGCAGAGCCCACUGCGCAGGGUCGGGGCUUCGGGGUGGACUUGGUGCUCAAGAGGCCCUGCCAUCAGCACCCAGGCCCUGGCCUUUUUACGGAGGUGCUGAUUGGCAGAUCCACUGCCACCCCACAGCUAGGUUCUGUCCCAGAACCUAGUCCUUGUCCCAGUGCUGGGCCUGCCUUGCUGUGGCCCUAUGUCCACCCUCAGGAGGCAUCCUCAGAAAGGGUCAGCGAGAUCCUGGACCAGGGAGAGGACCUUGAGCUGGAGCUCCAGGAUGGGCAGACGUGUGUUCGGGCCCGACUCAGCCUGGCCGAGGGCCUGUCCUGGGGCCCGUUUCCCGGGAGCAUCCAGACCAGAGCCUCAUCCCCCAGGAAGGCAGAAGCGGACCCGGCCAUGACCCUGCUGCUUGUGGAUGAGACCUGCUGGCUGAGGACACUGCCCCUGGCCCUGACCGAGGCUGAAGCCAACUCUGAGAUCUACAGGAAGGAUGAUGCCCUCUGGUGCAGGGUCACCAAGCCGGUGCCUGCGGGUGGACGCCUACGUGUGCUUCUCACGACCGAGUCCCACAGCACCUCCAGCCAUCCAGUGAAGGAGCCAGCAGAGCCCGAAAGCCCAGCCCCAGUGCACACCGACAUCCAGCUGCUGCCCCAGCAGGCUGGUAUGGCAUCCAUCCUUGCCACAGCGGUCAUCAACAAAGACGUCUUCCCGUGCAAGGACUGCGGGAUCUGGUACCGCAGUGAGCGGAACCUGCAAGCCCACCUGCUGUACUACUGCGCCAGCCGUCAGCGUGCUGGCUCCCCGGCCGCAGCCACGGAGGAGAAGCCCAAGGAGACAUACCCUAACGAACGCGUCUGCCCCUUCCCCCAGUGCCGCAAAAGCUGCCCCAGCGCCAGCUCCCUGGAAAUCCACAUGCGUAGUCACAGCGGAGAGCGUCCCUUCGUGUGCCUCAUCUGCCUGUCAGCCUUCACUACCAAGGCCAACUGUGAACGUCACCUCAAGGUGCACACGGACACACUGAGUGGUGUCUGUCACAACUGUGGCUUCAUCUCCACCACAAGGGACAUCCUCUACAGCCACCUGGUGACCAACCACAUGGUAUGCCAGCCAGGCUCUAAGGGUGAGAUCUACUCGCCAGGGGCCGGACACCCAGCUGCCAAGCUCCCCCCAGACAGCCUGGCCAGCUUCCAGCAGCACUCAACCCUUCACGGCCCCCUGGCCUCCCCCGAUGUGGGCCUAGCACCCACCCCAUCGCCAGGACUGGACAGGAAGGCCCUGACCGAGGCCACCAACGGAGAGACCAGACUGGCCCCCCAGAACGGGGGAGGCAGUGAGCCCCCAACCGCCCCCAGGAGCAUCAAGGUGGAGGUGGUGGAGGAGCCUGAAUCAGCGCGCGCUCCCGGGCCUGGAGAACCAGGGCCUCAGGCCCCAUCGAGGACUCCAUCGCCACACAGCCCUGCUCCAGCCAGGGUGAAGGCAGAGCUGUCCAGCCCCACGCCCGGCUCCAGUCCAGGACCCGGAGAGUUGGGCAUGGCGGGGGCGCUCUUCCUGCCACAGUACGUGUUCGCACCAGAGGCGGGCGCACCCCCGGGCCCCACUGCGCCGCAGGCCUCGGAAAUCCUCGCCAAGAUGUCCGAGUUGGUGCACACCCGGCUGCAGCAGGGCCCGGGCGCGGCGGGCGCGCCGGCGGGCCUCUUCGCGGGGACCAAGGGCGCCACGUGCUUCGAGUGCGAGAUCACCUUCAACAACGUCAACAACUUCUACGUGCACAAGCGCCUCUACUGCUCCGGCCGCCGCCCGCCGGAGGACGCGCCCGCCACGCGCAGGCCCAAGGUGGCCCCCGGCCUGCCCGCCGAGCCCGACCCGCCGCGCUCGUCGCCGGGCCUCGGUGCGCGCGAGGACGAAGCGGGCGGCGCCGCCACUCCCGAGGCCGAGGCAGCUGGCCGGGCCAGCGAGGGCAGCCAGAGUCCGGGCAGCUCGGUGGACGACGCGGAGGAUGACCCCAGCCGCACGCUGUGCGAAGCCUGCAACAUCCGCUUCAGCCGCCACGAGACCUACACGGUGCACAAGCGCUACUACUGCGCCUCUCGCCACGACCCGCCGCCGCGCCGGCCGCCGCCGCCGCCGUCCACGCCGGCCCCAGGGCCCGCGCCGCCAGUGCUGUCCGCGCCGCCCGUGCGCACGCGCAGGCGCCGCAAGCUCUACGAGCUGCCCCCGGCCGGCGCCCCGCCCCCGGCUCCCGGCCCCGCCCCUCCCACGGCCGGCCACGCCCCCGCGCCGCCCGGCCCCCCCUCUGCGCCUGAGCUGCCCGCCUCGCCGCGGCCCAGGAGCGGAAGCGGAAGCGUCGGCUCCGCCCCUGCGCGCUCACCUGACCCCGCCCCCGACGGCCCCAUCGACCUGAGCAAGCGGCCACGGCGCCAAGGCGCCGACGCACCCGCUGCGCUCCCCGCGCUGACCGACUACCACGAGUGCACCGCGUGCCGCGUGAGCUUCCACAGCCUCGAAGCCUACCUGGCGCACAAGAAGUACUCGUGCCCCGCCGCGCCGCUGCGGGCCGCCGCCCUAUGCCCCUACUGCCCGCCGAACGGGCGCGUCCGCGGCGACCUCGUGGAGCACCUGCGCCUGGCGCACGGCCUGCAGGUGGCCAAGCCCGUGGGCGGCCCGGGAGCCGAGCCCCGCACGCCGGCGGAGCGCGCCCCGCGGGACAGCCCCGAAGGCCGCGCGCCACGGUCCCCGUCCCCCGAGGGCGCGCCCCCGGACCCUGCGGGCCAGGGCGCGCGGACGCCCAGCAAGGGCCCUGCCGUCCCCGUCCCGGUGCCCACCCCCGCCCCCGGCAGCGGCCACCGCUACUGCCGCCUGUGCAACAUCAGGUUCAGCAGCCUGUCCACCUUCAUCGCUCACAAGAAGUACUACUGCUCUUCGCACGCCGCCGAGCACGUGAAGUGAGCCCGCGGGGCGCUCCGACCCUUGGCACUUAAUAAAGACGUCGGCGUGACGAGCUCGCUGGCGGGCCGGCCUGUGCUCUGAGCUCGGGGGCCCAGGCGCGGGCGCCACUCGCCAUCCUCGACCCAGUGGGCCUCAGUCCGACGCCCUCUCCAGCUCUGCCCAGAGCCCCUGGAGCGAGGACCCAGCCCACACCUCGACCUCAGCCAUCGGAUGCGGAGCUUGCUCCCAGCCCUGCCACCGCGCCUGACCACAGCCCACUAGGGAGCCCCGGGAUGGAGGA